AUGACAAGCGUGUUUGAAUGUAUAGAAAGAAGAAGAACUAUUAGGCAUUAUGAUCAAAAUUGGGUAUGUCCAAAAGAGCACCUUGAAGCUAUUGUAAAUGCAGCUCUAAAAUCCCCAACUGCAUGUAAUCGUCAAAGUAUUGACCUUCUCGUUAUUACAAACAAAGAGGUAUUGGAUAAAAUAGGUGAAGUUGGUCUUAAUACAUUAAAGAAAGGUACAAAAGAGCAUAUGGAAGAAAGAAAACAUGAAGGAUACAAAAAUGUUUUUACUUGUGAUGCUCCUGUGCUCUUUCUUUUGGUUAAAAACGAUAGGGUUAAUCCAUUAUAUACAGAUGUCGAUGCUGGAAUCAUGUGCGAAUCAAUUAUGCUCACUGCAGCAAGUUACGGAUAUGGAACAAUGUGCAUUGGUGUUCUAAGAGCAACUGACUUAUAUGAAGCUGUAGGAAUUCACAAAGAAGACCUUGCAAUGGCUGUUUGCAUGGGUAAAAUCGAAGAUGGAUACGUUCCACCGGAAAAACCAAUCAAAUGCAAAGCCACAUACAUAGAAUAA